AUGCUUAAUAAUUCGUGUAGCAAUUGUGCUUGUUCCUCCAAAACCCCUAAGUUGCCUAAAUUAAAUGGACGAGUGCUGGUAUUGGGAGCGGGGGAUACUGCUUUUGAUUGUGCUACGUCUUCUUUACGAUGUGGGGCCAAAAAAGUGACUGUAGUCUUUCGGAGGGGAUUUACCGCAAUACGUGCUGUUCCAGAAGAGAUGGAAGCGGCACGGGAAGAAAAGUGCGAAUUUAUGCCCUUCAUGUCCCCAAGAAAGGUGAACAUGAGAGACGGCCGCAUUGUUUCUGUUGAAUUUGCCAAAAUGGAACAAGAAUUGGAUGGUCAGUGGGUUGAGGAUGUUGAUCAAACCCUUAUUUUGCGAGCUGAUUGGGUUAUUAGUGCUUUUGGAUCGGAUUUAGUCGAUCCUGAAGUAAAGGAAGCACUCAAACCUUUGAAAUUUGACAAUAAUGGAAUUCCUAUUGUUAAUACUAAAACUCAACAAAGUUCGGAAAAUUGGGUAUUUUUGGGAGGGGAUGUAGCUGGAGUUGCUGAAACUACUGUGGAAUCUGUUAAUGAUGGAAAAACAGCCGCCUGGCAUAUCCACCGUUAUAUCCAAUCAUUAUAUGGGUUUUCAAUAUCAGAAAAACCAGAAUUACCCCUUUUCUGUACUCCUAUUGAUGAGGCAAUUUAUUUUUGA